UUUUUACCGGCCGGUGUCAGAUCGAAGACCAGAUUGCUUGCUGGGAAGUGAACGGAAAGGAUCGUACAGAUUCAGUUUUAUUUCAACGUCAGAUUUCUUCGCUAAAUUAACAAAAUGGCAGAUGAAGAUGUUGCAGCUCUUGUCAUCGACAACGGAUCUGGAAUGUGCAAAGCUGGGUUUGCUGGCGACGAUGCCCCCCGGGCUGUUUUCCCGUCCAUUGUUGGGCGCCCAAGACAUCAAGGUGUGAUGGUUGGCAUGGGCCAGAAAGACAGCUAUGUUGGAGAUGAAGCUCAGUCCAAGAGAGGAAUCCUCACACUGAAGUAUCCCAUCGAGCACGGAAUCGUCACCAACUGGGAUGACAUGGAGAAGAUCUGGCAUCACACCUUCUACAACGAGCUUCGUGUGGCUCCCGAGGAACAUCCAGUUCUCUUGACAGAGGCUCCCCUCAACCCCAAGGCCAACCGAGAAAAGAUGACACAGAUCAUGUUUGAGACCUUCAACUCUCCAGCUAUGUAUGUUGCCAUCCAGGCUGUGUUGUCUCUGUACGCUUCCGGUCGUACAACUGGCAUCGUCCUGGAUUCCGGUGAUGGAGUCACACACACUGUACCAAUCUACGAGGGUUAUGCUCUUCCUCACGCCAUCAUGAGGCUCGAUCUUGCCGGUCGUGAUCUUACUGAUUAUCUGAUGAAGAUCCUCACAGAGCGUGGUUAUUCCUUCACCACCACAGCAGAGAGGGAAAUUGUGAGAGACAUUAAAGAAAAAUUGUGCUAUGUGGCAUUAGACUUUGAACAAGAGAUGGCUACUGCAGCUUCAUCCUCUACCUUGGAAAAGAGCUACGAGUUGCCCGAUGGACAAGUAAUUACCAUUGGUAAUGAGAGGUUUAGGUGUCCAGAAGCCACGUUCCAGCCAUCGUUCCUUGGAAUGGAAUCUGCUGGUACUCACGAAACUACCUACAACUCCAUCAUGAAGUGCGAUGUUGAUAUCCGUAAAGACUUGUAUGCCAACACUGUCCUCUCUGGUGGCUCUACGAUGUUCCCGGGUAUUGCUGACAGGAUGCAGAAGGAAAUUUCCAAUCUUGCUCCUGCCACAAUGAAAAUCAAGAUCAUUGCACCUCCCGAGAGAAAGUAUUCCGUCUGGAUCGGUGGUUCCAUUUUGGCUUCUCUAUCUACCUUCCAGCAGAUGUGGAUCAGCAAACAAGAAUAUGAUGAAUCUGGUCCGGCCAUUGUACACAGAAAGUGCUUCUAAACGUUCAGUAACUACUAUUAUGGACUAAAUGAUCUGCCUCGAUCUGAAGGGACACUAGUAUUAUGCCUGUGUAUCGUCUCUGUACAAGACUUAAACACUGACUUUGAUACGUACAUCACUGUUUCUAUUUCACUCCCCAGCAAUCAUUCCUUGCCUGAGAAGAUGAACGAUUUUGUUGAUUUAUAUAUUAUUACUUUUUAUAUUAUUCAGCCUUUGAAACUUGAUUAAUGGUAUAUUUUGUAACAGUUUAAUGAAAGAUAAAUGCUUUCGUUAUUAGAAAAGAAAAAGAACUUCUUUGAAAAGUUGCAUAAUGUUUUCUUACAAAAAUAAAAAAUAAGAAAAUA